GUCUGGGGGGAAGGGGGGACCUGGUCCUGGGUGUGCUUGAAAGAGCUCCUGGCUCCGUCUCCUUUAUUCUCUGUGCUAAGGUCCGGUUGCCAGUAUGCGUACCUGCCACAUGUGCCUCUUAGAAGACCCUUCGCUAGGCUGCAUUUCUGGCUCAGAAAAGUGCACCAUCAGCCCUUCCUCGCCGUGCAUGGUGAUCACCGUCUAUAACAGUACUAAGGUUCACUUCCACAUCCGGGGAUGUGGACAGUUCCAGUCCUACCGAUGUCAAGAAAAACACCUCAUCUACAACUCAGACUACUGGUAUAGGGCUAGUUGCUGCCAGUACGAUUACUGCAACUCCUGGUCCAGUGCCCAGCACCAUAGCACGCUGCCUGAGCCCCCAGGAAGCCAUCUGAGCAUGCCCCUGUCUGCAUCUCAGAUAAAACAGUUCUACCAUGCCCUGAACCUCUCUCUGCCUCAGCCUGCCUUCCAUACUCAUAAGAUGUCUGAGGGCCCGGACUCUCUCAUUCUGCCCCUGGAGCUGGGCUUGUCCAUUGACGACCUGCACCAAUUAUACUUGUUCCUCAACAGUUCAGGACUUCUGGUUCUUCCCCAGGCUAGACCCUGACAUGUUCCCCUUGCUAGACUCUGCUCUAUCUGGGCAGAUCCUUUGAGCCUCUCAAGCAUCCUGCUCUGCAUUCUUAAAACAUUCAAAUCCUGCCGGGCAGUGGUGGCACACACCUUUAAUCCCAGCACUUGGGAGGCAGAGGCAGGCGGAUUU